UUGUUGGAGGCUGCUGGGAAAAGAUGGCAGCUUCCUUUUGUUUGUGUGAGUUUGUGGAGCUCGGAAGGGGAGUUUAGCGACACAACUCAGUGGAUAAACCGAGAAUACAUCCGCCACCAGCUUCCCGAGCGCCAAGCCAUGGAGAAGAGCGGCAGCACCGACAGUUUGGGCUCCAAAGUCUCCUCCUCCCGCCAGCCGAGUGUCGAUUCAUUGUCCAGCGCCUCCACCUCCCGCUCCGACCGCUCGGCGCCCACCAAGACUCCCUCCGCCAUCUCGUCGGACUCCGCCACCACGUCGGGCGAGUUUUCUCCGGAGAUUCGGGUCAAACCCAAAACUCACACCAAGGUGCCCCGAGAGUGUGACAAAGAGGAACCGCAGCUGCUUCCAAAUGAAACGGUGCAGGACAAAGCCCUGGACGUCACCUACUUCUGUCCGUUCACCGGAGCCCUGAGAGGAGCAGUGACCGUCACCAGCUACAGGCUCUUCUUCAGAUGCAUGGACAGGGACCCGUCCUUCGUGCUGGACCUGCCGCUGGGCGUGGUGAGUCGCGUGGAGAAGAUCGGCAGCGCGUCCAAUCGUGGAGACGUGUCUUACGGGGUCGUCUGCAAAGACAUGCGUAAUCUACGUUUUGCACACAAGCAACUGGACGACUCGCUCAGGAAGUCCAUCUUUGAGGUGCUGAUGAAGUUUGCGUUUCCUGUGUCCAACGGUCUGCAAAUCUUCGCCUUCAACUACGGCCAGGCGUUUCCUGAGAACGGGUGGAAGGUGUACGACGCCGCCGCGGAGUACAGGAGACAGGGGAUUCCCAACGAGAGCUGGAGGAUCACCAAAGUCAACGACCACUACGAACUGUGUGACACGUACCCGUCCACCCUGGCUGUUCCUGUCAACAUCCCGGACGAGGAGCUGAAAAGAGUCGCUGCUUUUAGAGCCAAAGGUCGAAUACCGGUUCUGUCGUGGAUCCACCCCGAGAGUCAGGCCACGGUGACCCGCUGCAGCCAGCCCAUGGUCGGGGUCAACGGCAAGCGCAGCAAGGAGGACGAGAAGUACCUUCAGGCCAUCAUGGACGCCAACGCUCAGUCUCACAAGCUCUUCAUCUUCGACGCCAGGCCCAGUGUCAACGCUGCUGCCAACAAGAUGAAAGGCGGUGGGUACGAGAGCGAGGACGCGUACCAGAACGCUGAGCUGGUGUUCCUGGACAUCCACAACAUCCACGUGAUGAGAGAGUCUCUGCGGAAACUGAAGGAUGUGGUCUACCCCAACAUCGAGGACUCGCACUGGCUGUCCAACCUGGAGUCCACCCACUGGCUGGAGCACAUCAAGCUCAUCCUAGCCGGAGCGCUGCGCAUCGCCGACAAGGUGGAGUCCGGCAAGACCUCGGUGGUGGUGCACUGCAGCGACGGCUGGGAUCGCACGGCGCAGCUCACCUCUCUAGCCAUGCUGAUGCUGGACAGCCACUACAGAACCAUCCGCGGCUUCCAGGUGCUGCUGGAGAAGGAGUGGCUGAGCUUCGGCCAUCGCUUCCAGCUGCGCGUGGGCCACGGCGACAAGAACCACACGGACGCCGACCGCUCUCCCGUUUUCAUCCAGUUCGUCGACUGCGUCUGGCAGCUGACUCGGCAGUUUCCCGCAGCGUUUGAGUUCAACGAGUACUUCCUGGUGACCAUCCUGGACCACUUGUACAGCUGCCUGUUCGGAACCUUCCUCUGCAACAGCGAGCAGCAGCGGCUCAAGGAGGAGAUUCCCAAGAGGACGGUGUCGCUGUGGUCCUAUAUCAACAGCCAGAUGGAGGAGUUCACCAACCCGCUCUACGUCAACUUCUCCAACCACGUGCUCUUCCCUGUCGUCAGCCUGCGGCACCUGGAGCUCUGGGUGGGCUACUACAUUCGCUGGAACCCUCGGAUGAGACCUCAGGAACCCGUCCAUCAGCGCUACAAAGAGCUGCUGGCCAAGAGGGCGGAGCUGCAGAAGAGAGUGGACGAGCUGCAGCGGGAAGUCACCAACCGCUCGGCCUCCUCCUCUGAGCGUGCCGGCUCCCCGACUCGCUCCAUCACUCCGGUCCAGACAUUUGUCUGACUUGCUGACAGCCACCACUCGAGACAAACUACCUGCCAGGAGCUUAAACUGGUUCAGUGACAUUCCUGCCGCCUCAGUGUUCGGAGGUCUGAUGUGUCAGAACGACAGGAAGGUGUCUCUUUAGGCAGCCAUUUUGGAUCCUGCUUCAGCGAGGACGUAGCCUUACGUGAACGUCAGUCAUUCCUUUGCUAGCCGUUUGACUUAAAAGCAUCGCUGAGUAAAUGCCUCACUUUGAAGUCAGGAGAAGUUUCCUCCUGAAAUCACGUUCAAAGCCAUCAGAGAUCAGCUAUGCAGCUCACGACUCACCACUCUGAUUCAUCUCCUGCUUGAUGUCAGGGCAGCGUCCCACCUGAUGCUCAGAUCUUGAACAUACUCGGCCAGUAAGGCUUUAUUUACUGCAGCGCUGAUGCUUCCCAAACUCAGCCUCUUCCUCUGGACCCAUCCUGGCUCACUCUUUUUCAUGGUCUUUUUACUGCAUCCACUAACACAUUUGCUGAGAGUUCCUUCCUCUUAUAUGCCAUUUAUAUUUUAGUUAGUAUUUAUUUUGUUGUAGUCCAGCUUUUUUUUUUCAUGUUGUGUGAGACGUUAUUUCAGUCGAGCACUUUUAUUGUUUUCUAGCAUUAAUCAGCAUGUGUCCAGUAUUCACCAACAAUAACAUGCCUACAAACCUGGAUGGACCUGUGCCUUGUGCUGUGCGACGUGCUGAGACUGUUGAAGAGUUCGACAUCAGUUUAUGUCACCUUGACUCUGCAAACACCGUUGCUUUGAAAUAAAUAAAAG